AUGAAACAGACCUUACUUACAUUAAUUAAGGAAUACUUCUCAGGUACAUCAGUUCCCAACUCGCGCUACUCUCUUGACAUGGAAAAUGUUAAACUCAGCAACCUCAAAUCCAUUUCAAAGUUUAUUAUUGGAGACAAAAGUACAAUUUUGCGUGUUUAUGGGACAGAGUCCAUUACAUUCGAUCAACCAACAAUUUAUUUGCAAAUAGAAGAAAGUGCUUUGAAAGGCAUUACAGACGUUUCAACGACCAAUUCAAUCAACAAAAAGUUUGAAGAAAUGUUUGUAACAUUUGUGACAGGAAGUUUGAAUCUUCAAGAAGUUAUAAUCAAUAAUGCCGAAAUUGAGCUUGAAGUAAUCAGUGAUCACGACAUAUUAUACACUCUAAAAGUGACUGCGGACUUGAUUUCAAUCCACUUUGAAAAGGAAAAACCAACUUUAACUAUAAACAACUUAAUCGCAUACUUCAAACAAGGCAAUACCGUCUUCACAAAAUUUUUAAUCAUUGAAGAUCACACAGUAAGCACAUUACCCAAUCAACCCGAUUUCAAAAUAUCAAAUUUUUUGAACUAUGUCGUUAGUCUAAUAUCUGGUACACCGUAUCAGGGUCCCCCAAUACAAAUUGAGAUGGGUCAAGUCACUCUUUUUUUACCAUUCAAUUUGAUUUCUGAAAUGGGUGGGUUUAUUAAACGCUUCCCAUCCUUUUUUAAACAAGACAAUACAAUAUUAACUCAUGAAGAACGAUCACCGUCACCAAUUAAUAUACAAGAGAGCACUGACGAUGAUUCUAAGGCGUAUAGUAGUACCCUUUCAUUUUUUUAUAAAGUCGGUAAAUUAUAUGCAGGUCUUGUUGAAGGAGUAUUUCCUUCCCAAUUAGGUGUUGAAACGGAAGCUGAUAAACUUCAAUGUGAUGACAAGAAGAAUGCUUUUGGUGUACAGAAUGUUAGGACGCCAAAUAUAGAAGUGACAAAAACAAAGUUAAAUCUUAUUAUUGGUGAUUCAGAAGGUGUUCAUAUCUCAUGUAUAGUGAACAUAGCCUCCAUUUCUUUAUUUAACAAGAAAUUAACAAUUGACAGUGUCAAGUUUAUGUUUAAAGAUAUGGUGGUAUUGAGUAUCAACAAAGACAACUUGGAAUCAAUAUUUGGGACAUUGUACGACAAUGCUGAAAAUGAGUUCACCAUUACAACAAAUGGAUGUAUUGAUGUAACAAUAGAUGUUGACAUCUUGGAACAAUUUUUGAAGUUUUCUCAAGAGUUGUACAACACGAUUAAUGCAGUUUUUGAUGUUUUUGAGACGUUGACUCAAAGUGAUGAAACAAAAAAGAAUGAAGACCAAAGUGGUGGUGACACACCGAGUGAUGGUUCGAUGAAAAAGAUCAUAAAAUUCGACUUUGAGAAAAUGCAUCUUAAAAUGAAGUCGAAAGGGUCUGAGUUCAAUGCUGAUAUUACAUACACAAACAGAAGCAGUUUAAUAUACAUCUGCAUUGCACCUGAAAUGGAAUUUCGGUUAAAUUGUGACGAAAUGGACAUCACAAUUAGUCAACAUGUGAGUGUAAUACACGCAAUAAAUAUUGUGUUAGAUGGCAUGAGUGAAGAGAUCACUAAAAGAGAUAAACACUAUGGGAUAUUCAAGUGUGGCGAAAAACAACAAUUUAGAGACAACUCUGGUGUCGAGGAGAUACCAAACGUGUCCAAUUUUUUCCCUGUUAUAGAUACCAAUCAAAUGCAAACGUUCACUAAAAUUAUUACAAACGCAAAGAGGUAUUUCCGAAUUGGUGUUGAGUCCAUUGAACUCAAUUUUGACUUGAAUACUGUUCAUAUCAUUAGAAAUGU